CAAGUUUGUAAUUCGGCACGGAAUUUGGAAAAGAAACUACACCGUUUCUUAACGCUGAUCUUGACAAAGAAAUUGAAGUUGUGAGCGCCAAAUUCCGUCCAAGGGACAAAAAAAAUCCCUAGUUUUCCUUUACUCGACCGACGCUGCUGCUUCUGCAUCUCCUCACGCUGGCAGGCCGCCGUUGAGCGCUCGCCAUCGGACACCUUAGUUGAAGAAGCGAUACCAGUUCCUCCACCGAACGCUACGUCGGUUCAUUUGCCUCUGUAAGAUUCUAACCCCUCCGCCGCCGCCACUUCAGUCGCGGAGACGGUGACUUUCAGCGUUCCAAGAUAAAAAUCAUUUUUUCUGAUUUCUUUUUCUGGUAGAUUUUUCGUUUAAGUGGUACCAGGUGUUUUCAUUUUUGUCUUUUGUUUGAUUCACUUGAUUUCCUGCUGGCAGACCAAUCACCAAAUGCGCAUUGUCAUACUUUCAAGUUUUCAGUUAUGUCGUAAAAAAAUUUAAGCUUGUAGGCGCUUUAAGAUACAGUAGCCAUUCGGUUGAUUUGAGAUUUAUCCGUGUAGGCUGUAGCUAGUCGAUUGAUUGAAGAAUUUUAUGCAAAUUGAUAUGCAUGUGGGCUGGAGCUAUUUGGUUUUGUAUGGUGCUGCUGGUAAUAUCUAUUUUAUUAAGGGACAUGAUAUCGCCGGUUAGGCUUAAUAUGAUGUUUAGUUCUUCACAGGUUGAUAUGGCAUUACUGUAAUCCUAGUUCAAUGGUAUACCUUAAAUCGUUAAACUUGGUUGACAGUCCCUGGUACAGUUUCACAACCCUUGGUUUCUUAUCCCUCGUUUUGCGGUUUUGCAGCUGGAUAAAACCGAGAUGGAAAUGAUGGCCACCGAUGGCAAGUUCUCAGCCAACCUGGAAGUAGAUUUUGGAUCCGAAGAAAAUGCAUCAAUUGUAUAUGCAGCAUUGGCUGUCGAUAAGGAGUUGCAGCCGGAUAAAGUGAAGAGGGAGAUGGUGGUUUGUGAUGGCAAGUUGUCUGUGUCCUUUGAGGCAGUUGAGGCAAGGUUUCUGCGGGCUUCAUUCUCUGCAUUUGUUGAUGUGCUUACACUUGCAACCAAGACGAUUGAAGCUUUUGGGAAGCUGAAAUAAGUAAACUUGGGAAUAGUCGGUUUAUUGUUUGCUUGCCGGAGGGAGUUCUGUUGGCAAAUGACCUAAGAAGAAAGCUGUUUAUACUCUACCAAUGAUGUAACCUUGUCGCAUGGAGGUUCUGUUCCUGUUACCUAUGGCACGAUUAUAAAAGAUAACAAUGAGCUUUGGAGCUGUAGCUUAAGUGUGAUGUGCAAGAUCAUUAGGAAGCAGAAGUGGAAUUGUGUAAUGCUAGCAGUGGUCAGUUCCGUUCUAGUCUAAACUUACACGAUAGAUCGAAGCAUUUGAAACUAUUGAAUGAAAACUUUGAAUGACAAAUAAUGUUGCCGGUGUACAAAAUUGGCUCUGCCCACUUUCUGUUAUCCAUUUUUCAUAAUCAGAACAAGACAUGAUAUUAAGAGAGGAGAAACCAAUAAGGAUGGUUGCCCUGC